AUGUCCCCACUGCGCAUGUGGACGUCGUUCGAGUUCCCGGAAUUGAACGCCAAGUUCCUCACCGCGUCUUACACGCCGACGAUCUUCCUCAUGGGCGUCAUCACGGUGUUUGCCAUCCUGCGCAAGAUUUAUCGCUUCUUCCGGCCGGAUCAAGUGCGACAGCGAUCAAGUAUCGGCACGGACACAUCAGCGAACUCUUCGGCGAAUGAGCGGAGUGCGCUGACCCAGAGGGGAAUCGUCACCAACUUCGAGAUAUCGAUGGGAUCCAUGCUGCAGACGCGCUUCGGACUCAUCUCCGACUACAGCAACUACGUCUUCUUCAAAGGCAUGAAGCGUCCGCAGACGGGGUCUAUUGCUCUGGCUACGUGA